GCUUCCUGCCGCCGCCCCCGCCGGGGCAGAGCGGAGCGGGGCGGGAGCUCGCCUCGGCCCGGCCCAGCCGAGCGGCGCUCCCAGGCCGAGCCAAACUUCGCGGGCGGCUCAGGCAUACACACACAGGCASACCGACACACGCGCGCGUUUAUAUUUUUAAUUUUUAAUUUAUUUUUUUUCCAUUUUAUUUUCAUUUUCUCGGCACUUUCGGCGGGGCCCCCGGGGCGGAGCCGCCCUCGCCGCCGGGAGGGGCCGGUGCCCGCAGCGCCGGGGAUGGGCUCCGCCGGGGCGCCCUCCGCCUAGACCGGCCCGGCUCGGCUCGGCUCGGCUCGGCUCAGCCCAGCCCGGCCCGGCGCCCAGCAUGGCCGCGGAGCUCAGCGCCGAGGAGGAGCAGGCAACCAAGCAGUUCUUGGAGGAGAUCAACAAGUGGACGGGCCAGUACAAUGUGUCCCCGCUCUCCUGGAAUGUGGCUGUCAAGUUCCUCAUGGCCCGCAAGUUUGAUGUCCUGCGGGCAAUCGAGCUCUUCCACUCUUACCGGGAGACACGGCUCAAGGAGGGAAUUGUGAAGCUGAAGCCACACGAGGAGCCGCUGCGCUCGGAGCUGCUCAGUGGCAAGUUCACCAUUCUGAGCGUGCGGGACCCCUCGGGAGCCUCCAUCGCCCUGUUCACAGCCAAGCUGCACCACCCCAGCAAGAGCGUGCAGCACGUGGUGCUCCAGGCACUCUUCUAUCUGCUGGACCGAGCCGUGGAGAGCUUUGAGACGCAGAGGAACGGGCUGGUGUUCAUCUACGAUAUGGCAGGGUCACAAUACACCAACUUCGAGCUGGACCUCAGCAAGAAGAUCCUCAAUCUGCUCAAGGGUGCCUUCCCAGCUCGCCUCAAGAAGGUUUUCAUCGUGGGAGCGCCCAUGUGGUUCCGUGURCCCUACUCCAUCAUCAGCCUGCUGCUCAAGGAGAAGCUGCGGGAGCGGGUGCAGAUGGUGAAGAUGUCGGAGCUGAAGGAACACCUGCCCCGAGAAUGCCUCCCUGAGUACCUUGGAGGGUCCCUCAAACUGGACCCUCUGAGCUGGAACUGCCGGUUCCUGCCCCAGCAGAAUGGGCACCCCGACCCCCUGGACGAGCUCAUCCUGGUGCCGCUGGCGGCCCCCAAAGAUAAUGGCUCCGUCCAUGUCCCUGGACCCAAGUCCAUCACCCUCCAGGAGCUGCUGGAUCAUGUCAGCCACAAGCAGAAACGGGGCAUCUACGAGGAGUACGAAGACAUUCGGCGCAGGAGCCCGGCCGGCACCUUCGUCUGCUCUUUAGCACCCUACAACCAGGACAAGAACCGGUACGGGGACGUGCCCUGCCUGGACCAAACCCGUGUCAAGCUGGCCAAGCCGUACAGCCGCCCAGAGCUGACCGACUACAUCAAUGCGAGCUUCAUGGAUGGCUACAAGCAGAGGAACGCUUACAUCGGCACUCAGGGGCCUCUAGAAAACACCUACGGUGACUUCUGGCGCAUGGUGUGGGAGCAGAACGUCCUCGUGAUCGUGAUGACAACCCGGCUGGAGGAGGGAGGCAGGAGGAAAUGCGGCCAGUACUGGCCCCUGGAGAAGGAUUUCCAGGUGUGCUUCGGGGCCCUGACCAUCACCAACCUGGGCGUAGAGAACCUCAACCAUUACAAGAAAACCAUCCUGGAGAUCCACAGCUCAGAGACCAGGGAGCGGCGGCUGGUGUCCCACUUCCAGUACCUGAGCUGGCCGGAUUAUGGCGUCCCCUCCUCUGCCGCCACUCUCAUUGACUUUUUGGGGGCCGUGAAGCAGCAGCAGAGGGUGGCUGUCAGCGCCCUGGGACCUCGCUUCAAGGGUCACCCUGGGGGACCCCCAGUCGUGGUGCACUGCAGCGCUGGCAUUGGAAGGACAGGUACCUUCUGCGCACUGGACAUCUGCCUGUCGCAGCUGCAGGACGUGGGCACUCUGAACAUCUACCAGACGGUGCUGCGCAUGCGGACCCAGCGCGCUUUCAGCAUCCAGACCCCCGAGCAGUACUAUUUCUGCUACACCGCCAUCCUCGAGCACGCCCAGCGCGAGGGCCUGCUGCUCACCAACCACAGCCGGGCCGCCCAGGAGAAGAGCUCGCCGGGGCACUGAGACACGCCGCCCUCCUGCAGAGCCCCCUGCCCAUCCUUGGGGGCUGCCUGAGCCGCCUCAGUGCCYGCCGGGACUCAGCAGAGCCGUGGGAGCACCUCAGCUGUCAGCACUGCUAUGGAACUGUGCCUUAUUCAACUCAAAUGGUGGCUGCCACUCGCCGGCAUGGGGAGGGGCCCUUACUCCUCCCCAUUGUGUUUCGGUUGGGUUUGGUYGGUUGGGGAGGUGGUUUGUCUUCUCUUAGAGUUGUUUUUUUUUUUUUAAUUUUAUUUUUCUGUUGUUGGGACCACCUAAGCUGUACCUAGAGAGGGGCUUUGCAAAGUCCUAGGAAAUGUAUUCCCAGUCCUGGGGCUGAGGAAGAGGCACGUGCUUUGGUCUCACCUGAUGCUCCAUCUGUGUGUCUGUAUGUAUGUGUGUAUAUAAUAUACCCCUGCUGUGACCCCCCAGCUAUUAUAUAGAUACAUAUACACAACCUCCCCUUUAGCAGCUCCCAAGGGUCCCCGCUGUCCUGCCAYCUCACUGCUGUGAUCUCUGGAGCGGUGAGUUUGGUCCUGGCUCUGUCUUGUCGUCCCUUUCCCCUCAAUUCCCCUCACGGGCAGCGUUGCGACCCGGUACCCGCUCCUGUGCCCAUCUCUCUGGAAGCACAAGGAUACUCGAUGGUGUCCUCCGUUUCCUCGUCUCAUCUUCCCCGUGGAGACAGCAGCUCUGCUCCUGGGAGGAUCUGGAGGAUUGGGUUGUCCCAAUCCGGGGGGUGCUCAGCUCACAGGCAUCUCCUGGCCCUUGGGUGCUGCUGUGGGAGUCACUAGGUACGAGGUGAUGGGGACACGGGRACCGACCGGCUCUCCAGGUUGCCCGGCUUUCCCAAGCUGCCACUAGGAACCCGCAGGCCCAGCCCUGCGUUGAGUCAUGGGCUGGGAAAGCGCUGAGCAAGAAUAAACCCCAAACCCUGGAGAGGCGAUGAGCCUCUGCCCUGGCCCCAGCCCCCACUGCUGCCUGGGCCUCCCCAACUUUAUACUGUAAUAAGCUCUUUGAAUGUGUAUAUUCUUAUUUUUUUAUAAUCUCGGGGAGCGGGGAGGGAGGGCUCAAGGUUUGGGAGUUUUUGUUUUGUUUUCUUUUGGGGUUUUUUUGUGUUUGUUUUUUUUGUAUUUAACAUUAACUUGAUCCAAGCCAGAGCCAGAAGUAUUUGUAAAUGUUCCUAUUUUGCUCUCAGAGAAAUCUUUUUGUUGUCAUUACUUUCUAGGGAGUUGUUUUGUUUUUAUUUGUAUCGAUAUAUAAAUAUACCACCAGUGACCCUC